ACCUUCGCGAGCAAAGUGGCAGCCAUUGGAGACGAAUGGGCAGACUCGUCUGUGGGCAACGUGACUGGAAGUAAUGCGGUCAACGUCUUUCUGGGCAUCGGGGUUGCCUGGUCUAUUGCCUCUAUCUACCACGCCAUCAACCAUACUGAAUUUAAAGUAGAGGCUGGCUCACUUGGCUUCUCGGUUACCGUGUUUUGCAUCUUUGCUUUUAUCGCUAUCCUUCUUAUAUUUCUGCGCCGGCGGCCUUCUAUCGGUGGUGAGCUGGGCGGACCAAAAAAGAUGAAGUAUUUGAGCGGCGCCUUCCUCAUUUUCCUUUGGCUUUUUUACGUUUUGCUGUCAGCCAUGGAAAACUAUUGCCACAUUGAAGGCUUCUAG